CCACCGUGUCUGUAUGUCUUCGGGGCCUCAUGCAACUCGGAAGCUGUUGUAGGAAGCUGGUGUAGGAAGCGCGUUGCCGGCGGAGCUCAUGGACAACUCGGUACACAUGCAUGUCUUUUGUCUUGGUCCCAUCCAUCUAUCGCUCUACAAACUCAGCGGUGCUUGAUCAUUGUCCAUUCUCGUCAACGACGCACGAAGAUCUGCGCAUACAUCCUCCGAGGAACUGUUUGUCAUCCCUCGCCUCCGAAGUCCGUCCGGAGCCAACGCUGUCGAUCACCGGCUUCGACACGCGUUCGAUAUAUCCGUGCGGGGUCUGCGCGCGCUACAGGUUGCGUGCGGACAGCCACGAACACGACCAACGCAGGCUCUUGCAGACGCUCACAGCCAGGCUCCUCAGUCCCAUCACCGGAAGGUGCGUUUCAGUCACACAUUGUGCGGGUACUACGAAGUCGUCCAAUCCUCGCAGCCCAGGAUCGUCGCUCGGCAUUCGAGAUGACACUCGGUGCCACGCACGAAUCUCCUAUCGUCUCGCUCGUCAAUUUUUGCGUGUCACGAAACCGGCACAGGACGUGUAGAGCUCGCUUAGGGUACUGGAACGCCUCGCUGCCAAAUAGUAUGUCCGCUCAGAUGACGUCGAACCAGUCACUCAUCGCUGAAAGCCUAUCUCAGUCCCGAAACGCGUAUUUUAUCUUGAUUUGCGAGGAGGCCCGCGCCAUCGCCACCUAUUCAGAUAGAAUUGACCGACAGACGGUCGUCCGCAACCCCGUUGUCGUUUUUGACGGAGGUGCGAUCGUAGACGAUGACGUUCUAGAGACCAUCUUCGACCAUACGGACCACUCAUCUCGCAAAGUGGGCUCUGAUGCUACACCAAGCCUUCAUGCGCCUAGCAUGCUUCAAGUUACAAUGGUCGCCGGCUCGCAAAGCCCCUCACGCCAUGGUAUUGCCAAGCCACAGAACGCUGUGCGAGGCAGGUCGACGGACAGACCUCCAGACGGGGAGAUCUACGAAGUCCCAGAGCGUGGACUCGGACGCGCAUACACAGAUGCUUACAUCUCCACGAUUUUGCAAGCGAGCUCGAGCUCGAUUCCCCCGCGUCUCGCCGUCUCCACCCGCCAUCCCGGUAUCCGCCCAAGAUCCCCAUCUGCUUUCUGCUUUGACGAUGUUGACUGUGUUCGGUCAUCGCGGAGGUCGACGCGGUCGGCGGAAGUUGGCAAGUCCAAGGCGAGGGCGUCCGAUACUAGCGUGGUGACCGUGUUGGACGAGCGCGCGUGCUACACAAUGAACAAGAGUAAGUCGGGGGAAAGGAUGGCGCGGAGGAGGGCAUGCGGAGCAGGACGGCCCAGCGUGUUCAGAGCAGUCCGGACUGCCUGGCGAGUUCGGGCAUGCGCUGAAGAGGCCGGGGAUAAGAGGCGAGUUGUUGACACAGAGAGCCAACCUCCGUAUGCGUGUAUGUGGCCUCUCAAGGACGCCGACGACUCGGCAGGCCGUACGGGUUUCCCGGGACCAGCGGGAUCCAUGCGAUUCCCAACAUCCUCGAGCUCAUCCACUGCCAUGAGAGAUGGCAAGGUGACGUCCCUUGAUGCGUACGGCACACUGUGCUCGAUUAUGUUCGCCUGCGGAGUAAAACUACGCAACUCGGCCGUCAUGUCACCAUCUACCGUGUCCGUCCACCCGCCCGACUUCAUACCGUCGCUGGAUGUGAUAUCGACACUGUUCAUGCUCGUAUCGCACCUCCAGGCAUUCCGAGUCGGCACCUCGUCGUGCGUCCAGCCACUUCCAGACGGUAGUCCCGAAUCCUGCUUCGCUCUGGAUCGAUGCACGAUGGACAGCGAGGGAACGGACCAGACACCUGUCUUCCGCACCUCAAUCACCGUGACGUCCGAGGAUGCGGUCGCCGCGUGCAAGAUGCCACUUCUGGGUUCGAACGCAUCACGUUCUCACGAGGACCACAGAGUCGUUGUCAAGAACGGGUGCGGAUACGGUCAGAGCAACUGCAUGUCCAUCGCGUAUGCGAACCUCGCGCUAGGCCGAUCUCCUGCGUCGAGUAUCCCAGCAGAUCGAACUGCGAACGCGUACCAGGCCGGCGAGAAAUUUGAGUUGAAGAAGAAGUAGAGCGGCAGACGUAGCGUGUUCGCGCGGUGAGUAUCUUUGUAUAUGAUCUCCACGACGAUCGUCUGGGGCUUCGACGUGGGAUGCGCGCGGGGACAUGGGGCUGGGUACGAUAGGCAAUUAUUGCACCAGACACAGAGUACACUCGUACCCGUGCUUACUCGGCGAGCCUUAUAUGCUGAGCCAUGAGUAGGUCCGUGUCCUCGCCAUCUAUGACGAGCUGUGGUUGUGUACAAGCUCGUCGUCGCUUAGGUCCGGUGCAUGCAUUCGUUUUGCAGACCCGUGCUGUUGUGACGGGUCUCGUCGCUGUGAUACAGAUGGAGCUUACUGAUUGUGCCAUCAUGUCAAUGAAGAAUCUCGUCGUAUUAUAUCCAGU